AUGACCUGGUGGGACGACUUCUCAAAUAACCUCGCGACGGACCUUGCGCCGUUCGUCACACUCUUCGGCGAAAACCCGACGAAGCAGUAUCUGAGCGAAUGCCUGACCGUCGUCGAUGCGAUCAUCUUUGCGAUCGCCCCUCUCGGCGUCAUCACCGCCAUGGUCUCAGCCAUCCGGGUUUGCGGGCCUCCGUCGCUGCGGGCGUUCAUCGGGCGAGCACAGGAGGGCGCAGCGACCGCCGAGGCAGAGCUUUGUUCGUCCACAAGCCGCGAGGUUUGCGAGCUGUAUAACAACGGCGGCAUAGCGAGAGUGCUUGGCCGGUCGAAGAUCUUGGAAUUCGUCCAUGACCGGUUCGACUGUCGGCCGCAAACUGGCCUCGUCUAUCGAGCGAGUCGACCAACCGAGGACGGAUGGGGCACGGGGAUCUACACAUUCAAAAACUAUGCCUUAUGCGAUGCGAAUUCCGAGUGGGUGGAGGAGAAGAAGCGCGAGAAUCAUGUGUCACUAGAACAGCAGCGCCACAGGUUUGCGCCAAACCCCAACCUCACGAUCAACAUAGGGAUCCGCGCAUACUCGCCCUGGGUGUCGGUGGGUGUGACUGUCAUCGGCACGGCCUUGCAGCUUGGUGUCCUGGCGUGGGCUGCAAUUGCUCGCUACCAACUCCACUGGACAAGGGGAGACGCCCAGGAGCGGUAUGCAGUGCCUACCCUUGUCAGUGGCACAGGCUUGCUAGCCAUCGGGAUGGCAAUGUGCGUGUCGUUGAUAGACGGCAGCACCAAGGAGCGUGUAUUCCACCGGAGUACGACUGAACACGCACAGUCCAGGAUCUACUGGGUUCAACCAGGCACCCAGUUCGUCGGUGACCAGGCAUUCGACUCGUUUGCAUACAGCCACCCAAACAACAACCUGACGAGAUACACCACGUCCUGGAAGAACAACAGACAGCCACCCAGGACGCUUGGGGUAUGUGUCUGCGUAGCACUCACGGCCGUGGGCUUCGUCCUCCAGUUCCUGGGCCUCCGGGCAUGUCAUUCUUCGGUCGCUGUGGCUCAGCUCGGGCUGACGCUGCUUAUGAGCACCGCGCGAUCGUUCUUGCGGAGCAAUCGCAUAGCGGAGCGCAAUGUGCUUCUCGCGGACAAUCCCGAGUACUACGCUGGGCACGAGCUGGACUGGCUUGCUCUGAGGAUCGGGCACUUAGAUCGCCCUAUUCUUCGGCGGAAUUGGCAAAUGGCGCGUGGCCUUGACUGCAAUAGCCUAUCUCCCACGGCCGCCGAGCGCAGGUGGGUGAGGCCUGAAAACGUCCGGCUGUCGUGGUGCAACGACACCACGCCCCUGGUAUCGGGGUUUGCGACAGGGGAUCGCAGGACCAACGAUACCAGUGCACUCUGGGGACCUGCGCAGAGGUGGCGAUACAACCAGUAUUUCCCCCCAGAGAAUGAGGGCGACAACUCGACGCGCCUGAUGAGCGACAACGCCGCCGUCUUCCUAUACCGCGCUCGGCUGGCAUACCUGACGCAAGACUGGGGACCGCAGCUGGUCAAGUCGCGAGCUACGGCGCGGUCUCUGUCACUGGCCAUUGACGCUACGAUGAACCUGCUUUAUGACUCGGAUGCCAUCUUGGCAGCCGGCUGGGAGAGCGUGUCGCUGAUGUUCUGGGCCUUCCCCUGUGAAGUGACCGAGUCGGUUGCCAUGAAGCACCAUGUCGGAGGCGCGCGCCCUGAACCCAAGACCAGCGGUAAUGGAGGGCCAGGGUACGUUCGCCUUGCCCUGAGCCGGGUACGCCGUGGCAACAAUCAGUUCGGUAGAUGGGAAGCAGACACAUCGGAGCUGGAAGCCAUUCUCGGCCUGGUGGCGUGGUCUCGCGUGGGAGGCCCAUCGUACGAGACCUUUGUCGAUCGCAUCUUUGAUAUCCGCCGUCGUGGCCUGGAAGAUGACGAGGAGACGCUGGCCCGUGCCUGGGGAGGACCAAGCAGCUACAUCAGCUACCCCCUCGCCAGUCUUAGGGCUCACAGGCCAUACGAACUGUUUGGAGUCCAUCACAUCCCAGCGUCCGCAGCGGUGCGUGACAUGGUGGCCUUCGUGCACAUCCGGUCCCUGAGGGUCAAUGCGGAUAAUAUUUACUUGGUUCUGGCACAGGAAGUAUACUCCGUCUUCUUUAGUCUACUGUUGAACAUCGUCCAAGACAUCGGAGGGGAAACUACGCGGGUCGGGAAGAAGAUCGUCAACAGCAAUGUCGAACGCAUCCAGCAGGUCUUUGCGGAAAGUGGACUGGGGACUUCUCAGGACGCCCUGGAGUGUAUCUUUCCGGCCCUGCUUAGCCAGGCCAAGGUCCCAAGGUCGCCGUGUUAA